UUCAUUUGUCCAACGUUAGACUUGUAUAAAAGACCAAAACAUCUCACUCUUCCUCCAUCUAAAAAAACAAAGCCGACUUAAAAAUGGGGUCUCUUUCAAUCCUCGUCUUCCUCCUUGUCGCCGUCGCCGUCGCCGCCGUCGCCCCCUUCUCCAAUGGGUGUGGUAUCACAAUCUACUGGGGCCAAAACGGGAACGAGGGCACGCUACAAGCCGCCUGCGCCACCAACAACUACAAAUAUGUAGCCGUGGCCUUCCUAACCACCUUCGGCAACGGCCAAACCCCCGUCCUCAACUUGGCCGGCCACUGCAACCCGCCCUCCGGCACCUGCUCCAUCUUCGCCAACGAAAUCCGCUACUGCCAGAGCCUAGGCAUCAAGGUGCUGCUAUCUCUCGGCGGCGCAAUCGGCAACUACGGCAUCUCCUCCACACAGGAUGCCCAGCAAGUCGCGGCCUAUCUAUGGACCUCGUACCUAUCCGGCUCCGGCGGACCCCUUGGUGACGUGGCCCUCGACGGCGUGGACUUGGACAUCGAGUACCCGACCUCCACCCUACACUGGGACGACCUAGCCCGGGCGAUCGCCGCCUACAGCACUCCCCAGAGGAAAAUCUACCUCUCCGCCGCCCCCCAGUGCGUCCUCCCGGACCGGAACCUCGACGUCGCCAUCAAGACCGGGCUGUUCGACUACGUGUGGGUGCAGUUCUACAACAAUCCGCCCUGCGACUACAGCGGCGGCGCGGCCAGUUUGAUCAAGUCGUGGAACGAGUGGAGCGCGCUGCUGCCGGCGGGGAACGAGCUGUUCCUGGGGCUGCCGGCAGCGCCCGGGGCAGCGGGGUCGGGAUACAUCGAGGCGGAGAAGCUGAAGAGCGAGAUUCUGCCGGUGAUAAGGCAGACGGCCAAGUAUGGAGGGGUGAUGCUGUGGAAUAGGUACAACGAUGCUAACACUGGGUACAGCUCGCUAAUUGUCGGAGAUGUGUGCCCUCCGGCGCUAGGAAAAUUUGAAGACCUGCUCAUUUCUCAGGUUUGAAUGAAGCUGGCUUCUUUCAUUCAUGUGUAGUGUGAAUGAAUUGGUAACUAAAUAAAUUUGAAAGCCAAGCUUGUAAGUUGUGAUCAACUUAAUGAAUAAAAUGGGCGGAAAAAGUUUAUCGAA